CCGCCUCGGUUCGCCCUCAGCCGCCCUGGUGAGCUGCGCUCCUGCGGGUCCCUCUCUGCAGCGCGCCCUUCCGGUGCAGGAAGAAGGGCCGGGAAGGCCUGGGACGUGAGGGCGCUGCUGGGGCCGUAGCGCGCGCUCCUUCAGGCCCGGCGUCUCCGCGUUCUGGGGAGGGGCGGAGACCCAGGCCGCGCCUUGAAGUGGGCGGUGGGGCUGCGGCUUGCCGAGCGCCCCGGGUCUGGGCCGCCACUCAGUCUCCGUUCCCGGUUGCGUGUAGUGGCGGCUCGGGCGGUGAACAGCCCGGAUUUCACAGGGGCGCCGAGCAACCCAGGUCCUCUUGUGCCAGGGUCGCCGCUCCUCGGGUGGGGACGGGCCAGCGGCCUAGCGAGCUGCCACGGGGGUCUUUUGGCCGGAGGUGGAGGGGGAUUCGGCCACAGCCAGGGUCCACUGGUGGGGUGGGGGUUACAGCCAUGAGACGGAUGGGCUAGGUCCGACUCGGGUUCCCUCCGACUCUGAUGCUCCAGACUUUAUUGUGGGAGACGGGACAGGGGAGGACUUCGCCCGCGUGUUUUGGGGAAGGGCCGCUGCUUUGGGUUGGGAGCACCCCGCCUUGGGACGAUCUUCCGCGGAUAGGAGUGUAGGCCGGGACCAAAUGUCCUCGCACGGGCACGUCUAGACGUGUUGUGGUGGAGAGGGGGGCUCUGCGUGGGGCAGCGUCCGCGGGAGGUGAGGUGGCUGUGGGGACCCAGGUGUCCUCUUCCCUGGGGCCUUGCUAAUGACGGCAAAAUCCGGGUUCUGCCAAAAUAUAUUUUAAAAGGUUUAUUCCUAGUCAGUAUGAGUGACUGUGGCCCAGGUUAUUCAGCCUCAAGAGGUCCUGUGAAAGUGCCCGAGACGGUCGGGCUUGCAGGUUAAUUUUAUACAAUUCAGGGAGACAGGAAUUUCAGGUAAAGUCAUAAAUCAGGCUGAGCAGUGUGGCUCAUGCCUGUAGUCCCAGCACUUUGGGAGGCCAGGAGUUCCAGAGCAGCCUGGGCAGCACAGCAAGACCCUGUCUCUACAUGAAAUUAGAAAAAUAAAAAAAUUAGCGGGGCGUGGUGUCCCAUGCCUGUGGCCUCAGCUACUUGGGAGGCCCAGUCAGUUGAGUCCAGGAGGUGGAGGCUGUAACCAGCUAUGUUGGCUGCACUGCACGCUAGCCUGGGCAACACAGCGAGAUCCUGCCUCCAAAAAGAAAAUCAUAAAUCAAUAAGAGAAAGAUAUACACGGGUUCCUCCCAAAAAGCUGGUAUAUCUCCAAACGGGUUUACACCUCAUGGGGGCACUUAGGGAUUCUUUAGUGGACAGUUGGUUGAGAGACUUAAGCUACUGCCUGAAGACUGGAAUCAAAAGCAUGCCAGAGUUAAGGGGAUUGCGUAGAUCAAAGAAGCCUCUUAGUUGGCAACUCUCAGAAUAGAUGGUAAAUGUCUGUUUUCAGUUUUUUGUGUUUUUCUUUUUGUUUUUAGAGAGUCUUGCUCUGUCGCCCAGGCUAGAGUGCAGUGGCGUGAUCUCAGCUCACUGCAACCUCCACCUCCCGGGUUUGAGCAGUUCUCCUGCCUCAGCCUCCUGAGUAGCUGGGACUACAGGCGCCCGCCACCACGCCUGGCUAAUUUUUGUAUUUUUAGUAGAGAUGGGGUUUCACCAUGUUGCUGAGGCUGGUCUUGACCUCCUGACCUCAGGUGAUCCACCCACCUCUACCUCCCAAAGUGCUGGGAUUACAGGCGUGAGCCACCGCGCGUCAGGCUGGCUGUCUCUUCCAGACCUAGGAAAGGCUUAGAACAAAGGAGGUCUGGCUGCAUUAAUGGAGAUUCGCUGCGGAUGCAAAUUUUCCCACUAAAGAUAGCUUUGCGGGGCUAUCCAUUUCAAUCUGUUGCCCCUGCGGCAGCCACUUCAAAACAUGUCAAAGAAGUAUAUUUUGGGGUAAAAUAAUUUCCUUCAGCAUCUGCUGUCAUGUGAUGCUGUACCAGAGUCAGGUUGGAAAGUGAGCCUCAUUAUAUAAGAGUAAUAAAACUCAUCUGAUGAGAUUUUAUGGUUUCUCGGGCAGGAUUCCCCAAGCCUCAUAGAUAGGCAUUUGGGCAAGGGAAAAAAGGUGAAUUUAGGCCUCACCAGGUUGGUAGGGCUUCCUCGGUUAUUGGAGUGGGAGUAACAGCAACCAUUGGGCCCAGCAGUUUUUUUAAAUGUCUCUGGGGCUGUGGACUGACCAUCCAAAUAACUGAUUUUAAUCAUUUCAUUAUGGAAAAAUUGUCAGCAGAACCCCCAAGUAGAGAGACCCAUCAGUCAAGAUAUACCUCAUGACCUUGCAAGCUAAUCUAGCUUGACCCAGAUCCCCUCCUAACCUGUGCAGAUUCAUUGAGAAAUGUCAUAGCCAUGCCUACUGGUUAAGACAUAGUCCUUUACAGUGAGAGUUGAAACCCGAGCUCUAUCACUUUCUUGGCUGUGUUGCUUUGACAAAGGCAUUUAAAUGUUUUGUGCCUGUUUCCCCAUCUGAAAUUGGUGGGUAAUAGUCACUUCAUAGGACAGUUGUGAAGAUUGAAUGCAGAAAAAUUUGUGCCGUGCCUGGAACCGUCCCUGGCAUAUAUUAAAUUCUCAAUAAGUGUUAAAUAUUAUAAUGAAUAUCAACACUUCCUUAUUCUGGAAGCACCGACAGGAUAUGCUGUGUUUAGUGUUAGCAUCAUGUCAGGACAGGGUCUGUUGCGAUGCCCACACUCAGGAUCUGUUCCCAGGAACCUGCGUAAAGUUUUCUUCUCUGGAAGACUUUGGGUCUUUUUUUUUUUAACAAGAAGAGGCUCUACCCUGGGACUGGGAAUUUCCAAGGCCACCUUUGAGGAUCGCAGAGCUCAUUUUAGAGCUAUUUUAGUCCCCAGCUCCUCUUCCUCCACUCCCACGUUACCCAUGAGAGGACUGUCUGCAGGGUAAGGGACGACAGCCCAACCCCAGGUGGGGACUUCUUAUGUAUUGCCUUCCUGCAGUGCCUUCUCUGCCCUAAACCAUGGUGGGUUUCCUUUGCUAAUGUCUGACAUCUUGUGCCCUACACUGUCCCAUCUGAGGCUCAGAACCUCUCAGCCGGUUCUCAUGGGGAACGUUCCCCAGAUCUGAUGCCCUCAUUCAGGACACUUCCAUCAUUGUCCCUACAUUUCUUCUCUCAGUGCUUUAUUCAGGCUGCUGCAUUCGUGGUGCAGACCAGGUCUUGUAAAAAAUUAUUCAGUCAGCAUGUGCUGAGCCAUUGUCCUGUCCCAGGGACAGGGCUUUAUAGUCAUUGCCAUAUUCAUCUCUUCAACCAAUGUGGAAAUUAGGAAUUGGAAUCCCCAUUUCACAGACUAAGAAGUAGUGUGUUAAUCAGUUGAAAUAAUUUUUAUGGCUGGGCGUGGUGGCCCAUACCUGUAAUUCCAGCACUUUGGGAGGUCAAGGCAGGCAGAUUACCUGAGGCCAGGAGUUCGAGACCAGCCUGGCCAACAUGGUGAAACCUCAUCUCUACUAAAAAUACAGAAAUUAGUCAGGCAUGGUGGCUCACGCCUGUAAUCCCAACUACUCUGGAGCCUGAAGCAAGAUAAUCGCUUGAAUCCAGGAGAUGGAGGUUGCAGUGAGCAGAGAACAUGCCACUGCACUACAGCCUGGGGGACAGUGAGACUCUGUCUCAAAAAAGAAUAAUUUUUACUUUAUGUAACAUAUCUGGGAUCAAGUGGACUGGGUUGUGGAGCAAGCUGGGAUUUUGGGGGUUUCUGUUAAGAAUUAGCUUCAUUGAGGUAUAAUUGAGACAAUAAAAUUAUCUCCCAUUUUAAGUUCUAGUUGAUGAGUUUUGAGAAAUGUAUAUAGUGAAGUCUUGAUCAUCAAGUCAACAUAUGAACAUUUUUCAUCUCCCAAAAAUGUAGGAGCUGUUUUUUUAUCUUAGGAGAAUUUUAAUGAAAUGUACGUGGAGGAGCUAAAUGUUUCAAGUUUGCCUCAUAUUCAUAUCUAAUUUAUUGGUAACUAAUUUAAACCACUUUCUUAUGGCUCUCAGUUUCUGUUCCUACAGGAUAUUAACUCCCACAGAUGUCAACAGAUGGCAGGAGUGAGACCAAACAGUUUGCAGUGUUCUCCAUUCACACCCUGGAAAUGAAAGUUUUCUCUAUUUUUCCUCUCCAAAUUAUCUUGGAAGGGAUAUUCAAUUUUUUUCAAAUUUACUAUGAAAAAUAUUGAAGUAGGAACUAAAGUAGAGAGAAUAUAUAACAGAUCUCUCUGUUCCCUUGUUGCACCUUAACACUUUGCUCUUCUUAUUUCAUCCAACCUCCUCCCCACCCCAUGCUUUCUGUUUUCAGGCUAGAGCAUCUUGAAGCCAAUCCAAGACACCAUUUUAUCUGUAAAUUUACUGCAGCUACUUCUCUGAGGACUAUUUUUGUUGUUAUUGUCUUGCCUUUUAACGUAACUAGAGUACCAGAAUCAUACUCAACAAAAUUAGCAAUGUAUUAAUUUCACCCAUUACCCAGUUUAUGCAGAAAUUUUCCAGGUCUCAAAAAUUUCUCCUUACAAUUCAGAUUUCACACUCAGGUUCAUUAAGAUGGGAAGCAUGAGAGAAGAAAUAUCUAGAAACCAGCUCAGUAGUGCCCCUUGUCUGUUUUACUUCUCUCUUUGUGAUCUAGGUAAAGGAAGUUUCCCUACCUUGGCAAACUUCCCAUCUGCUUGCUUAGGUGCUGAGGCUUGUUCAUUCUUUCCUUGCCAUAGCUUUUUCCUUCCCUUCCUUCUUCUGCCUGCCAGGCUCAUCUCCUAAUUCUACUUCUACCCAUGAGGACAAAUAAUGAUCACACCACUUACCUAAUUGCCUGGCCCUAGUUCUGGUCCCAACUAUAAUCAGAAAUGUGGAUUCUGGAAUGGCAGUGAGGAGCGACGUGGACUGUAUCUCCAGCAAAACACCAUAACUGUCCUGUGUUCCUGAAGCUGGUUUCAGAUUGGCCAUCUGCAAGCUUCCCUUCUCCGUGGAGAGCAGGAAGACAGUCAUGGGACCUCAGGGAGCCAGGAGACAGGCUUUCUUGGCAUUUGGGGAUGUCACUGUGGAUUUCACCCAGAAGGAAUGGAGGCUGCUGAGCCCUGCUCAGAGGGCCCUGUACAGGGAGGUGACACUGGAGAACUACAGCCACCUGGUCUCACUAGGAAUUCUCCAUUCUAAACCAGAACUCAUCAGGCGGCUAGAGCAAGGGGAAGCGCCCUGGGGAGAAGAGAGAAGACGCCGGCCAGGCCCCUGUGCAGGAAUAUAUGCAGAACAUGUCCUGCGGCCCAAGAAUCUUGGACUUGCACAUCAGAGGCAACAGCAACUACAAUUUUCUGAUCAAAGCUUCCAGAGUGACACAGCUGAAGGUCAAGAGAAAGAAAAAAGCACUAAGCCCAUGGCAUUUUCCAGCCCACCCCUAAGACAUGCAGUAAGCUCAAGGAGGAGGAACAGUGUAGUGGAAAUAGAGUCUAGUCAAGGCCAGAGGGAAAAUCCUACAGAAAUAGACAAAGUAUUGAAAGGAAUAGAAAAUUCAAGAUGGGGAGCAUUCAAGUGUGCAGAGCGUGGGCAAGACUUCAGCCGGAAGAUGAUGGUAAUCAUACACAAAAAAGCACAUUCCAGGCAGAAACUUUUUACAUGCAGGGAGUGUCACCAGGGCUUUAGAGAUGAGUCAGCAUUGCUCUUGCACCAGAACACACACACAGGAGAGAAGUCCUAUGUGUGCAGUGAGUGUGGGCGAGGCUUCAGCCUCAAGGCCAACCUCCUCAGACACCAGAGGACACACUCAGGAGAGAAGCCUUUUCUGUGCAAGGUGUGUGGACGAGGCUAUACCAGUAAGUCAUACCUCACUGUGCAUGAGAGAACACACACAGGAGAGAAGCCUUAUGAAUGCCAGGAGUGUGGGCGAAGGUUUAACGAUAAGUCCUCAUACAACAAGCACUUGAAGGCGCAUUCAGGGGAGAAGCCUUUUGUGUGCAAGGAGUGUGGGCGAGGCUAUACUAAUAAGUCAUACUUCGUUGUGCACAAGAGAAUACACUCAGGAGAGAAGCCUUACAGAUGCCAGGAGUGUGGCCGAGGCUUUAGCAAUAAGUCACACCUUAUCACACACCAGAGGACACACUCAGGGGAGAAGCCCUUUGCGUGCAGGCAGUGUAAGCAAAGUUUUAGCGUGAAAGGAAGUCUCCUCAGACACCAGAGAACACACUCAGGGGAGAAGCCUUUUGUGUGCAAGGAUUGUGAGCGAAGCUUUAGCCAAAAGUCAACUCUUGUCUACCACCAGAGAACACACUCAGGGGAGAAACCUUUUGUUUGUAGAGAAUGUGGGCAAGGAUUUAUUCAGAAGUCAACCCUUGUGAAACAUCAGAUCACACACUCAGAGGAGAAGCCUUUUGUGUGCAAGGACUGUGGACGAGGCUUUAUCCAAAAGUCAACCUUCACUUUACACCAGAGGACACACUCAGAGGAGAAGCCUUAUGGAUGUCGGGAGUGUGGGCGAAGGUUUCGGGAUAAGUCCUCCUAUAACAAGCACCUGAGGGCACACUUGGGUGAGAAACGUUUUUUCUGCAGGGAUUGUGGGCGAGGCUUUACCUUGAAGCCAAAUCUCACCAUACAUCAGAGGACACACUCAGGAGAGAAGCCCUUCAUGUGCAAGCAGUGUGAGAAAAGUUUUAGUUUGAAGGCAAAUCUUCUUAGACAUCAGUGGACACACUCAGGGGAAAGGCCAUUUAAUUGCAAGGAUUGCGGGCGAGGCUUCAUCCUAAAAUCAACUCUCCUCUUCCACCAGAAGACACACUCAGGGGAGAAGCCUUUCAUCUGUAGUGAAUGUGGGCAAGGAUUUAUCUGGAAGUCAAAUCUUGUGAAACACCAGCUUGCACAUUCUGGCAAGCAGCCUUUUGUAUGCAAGGAGUGUGGGCGAGGCUUCAACUGGAAGGGAAAUCUCCUCACACACCAGAGGACACACUCAGGGGAGAAGCCCUUCGUGUGUAAUGUGUGUGGGCAAGGCUUCAGCUGGAAGAGAAGUCUCACCAGACACCACUGGCGGAUACACUCAAAGGAGAAGCCUUUUGUUUGCCAGGAGUGUAAGCGAGGCUAUACCAGUAAGUCAGACCUCACUGUGCAUGAAAGAAUACACACAGGAGAGAGGCCUUAUGAAUGCCAAGAGUGUGGACGAAAGUUUAGCAAUAAGUCAUACUACAGUAAGCACUUAAAGAGACACUUACGUGAGAAGCGUUUUUGUACAGGGAGUGUGGGUGAGGCUUCAUCUUGAAGUUAUAUCUCACCAUCCAUCAGAGGACACACUCAGGAGAGUAACUUUGCUCUGUUACAAGCUUUAGUUGAGGCUGCGUAACUUGUUCGUGAAGAUAUAACAGAGGCAGACAGAAUCCAGAGGGCUACAGAGAACCUGAAUUCAACCCAUGUGUCCCCAAGAGAUUCAGAGAAAAGAGGUCAAUGUUUAGGGAACAGAGAUGCCAGUUGAGGGGAGGGCAUUACCUGGGCUAUUGGGGAAAUGUGGUCUCUUUCCUACUGAGCACAUAUUCUUGUUGUAUUUGUGCCAGGCUGUGCUUUCUAAGGACUGCUCUUAGCCAGUGACUGCAGAGCAGGGAUACCAAGGCAGGCCUGUUACUGACACUCUCCCCAACCUCCUUGGACUGCAAACAAUCUAGGACACCUCCACCAAACCUCCUCUUGCACUUUCCCUCUGGCUGCCCUCCCAGCCUUCCUUGGUUUGGAUGUUUUGUCCCCUCCUUAAUUUAUGUUGAAACUCUACAUAAACUGUUUACUGUUGAAACAGUGUAAGUAUUAGGAGGUGGGACCUUUGGGAAGUGAUUAAGUCAAGUCACGAAGAUAGAGCUUUGCGAAUGGGAUCAGGUGCCCUUAUGAAAAGGCUUGAUAGAGGGAGUUUGUCCUGUGGCCCUUCUAUUUUCUGCUCUGUGAGGACACAAUGCUCCUCCCUUCCAAAAGAUGCAGCAUGAAGGCAUCAUCUUGGAAACAGACAUGAGCCCUCAACAGACAACUGAACCUACUGAUGUUUUGAUGUUGAACUUCCCAGCCUCCAGAACUCUGGAAAAAUAAAGCCCUCUUUAUACA